CAUAGAGCAAUACUGGUUGAAUUUUUUUGUUGUAACUUUUGCUGUUUUUGUUUAUUAUGCAUUUGUUUGCAAAUGUGUUGUUAAUUAAAUGGACGCCACAAAUGCAACUACAUAAAUAAGCAACAAAAUGAACGUUGCACAAAUGUGGCUAUGGGCCCUGGUCGCGCUCUGCACGCAAACGACCUUUGUUGUGCAGGCAAUGUGCCCCAGUAAAUGUAGCUGCAAGAAUAUUUCAGAGAAUAUUCAAUCGUUGCGCGUUCGCUGCGACGAGCUGCAUAUUGUUAAUUGGAGGGAGUUAAAUUUUGGCGACGAUGUCCACAACAUAGUCAGCAUCAAUGCCAGUAAAAAUGCAAUUGCACACAUAAGCGAAGACGAUUUCAAAAGUUUUACGGAACUUAAACGAUUGGAUCUAUCAUCAAAUUUGCUCACCGAACUGGACAAGCGCAGCUUUGGCAACAGUCUGCCCAAUGUAGAGCGCUUGCGUCUGGGUAACAAUUCUAUAAGUCAUAUAUAUGAAGGAACAUUCGAUCAAAUGCCGAAGCUAAAGCAGCUGGACUUAUCGAACAAUCCGUUGGCCUGUGAUUGCGGUUUGAUUUGGUUGAUUGCCUGGUCCAAUGCACGCGACAUACGGCUAUUGCCGGCGCCCAAAUGUGAUUCACCCGUCAAUUUUCGUGGCAUGCCACUGAAGAAGCUAAAAGUGGGCAUUGACUUUCGUUGCGAAUCGCUGCUUCAGCCACUCCUGGAGCUUGUACCCAAACAGAAUCAGAUUGCCUUUGAGGGCGAUGAGCUGCAGCUGAAGUGCUUCGCUCCACGCGUGGCAAUUGGCGCCCCGCGAGAGUCUGAGGACUUGCCCACGCGUGCCUACGUCUUCUGGGGCUGGUCGGAUAAGAUCAGACACCAAAACUCCACAGAUGACAUCAUCUAUCGGGAUCCCACCAAGGUGUUCAACGAUGUGCACUUGGAAACGCGCCAUUCCAACGAUUCGGGCAUAUUGAAUUCGAUCCUACGCAUUAGCAGCCUAACACAGAAUCAUACGGGCAUGUGGGACUGCACGCUGCGCAGCCAGCAAGCGAAUCUGUCCCAAUCCAUUGUCCUGCAUGUGGUGGCCAAGGGCACGCUCUACUGCGAUGCUAUGAUCACGCAUACGAACAAGGGCAGCUACCACUGGCCGCGCACAAUGCGAGGUGAGACGGUGCUGCAGGCCUGCGUCGAGGAGCCCAGCGAUAUGAGCUUGCAGCGAAGGGCUUCGCAUGAGUGCGGCAACGACGGUCAAUGGCAUCGCCUGAAUGUCGAGAGCUGUGUCUAUGUCAGCGAGACGACGCGCAUUUUCGAGCAGUUCGCGAAGGUGAAUCUAACGCUGACGAAGGGCAAAAAUGCGCUGGAAAUUGCGAGGCGCUUGCACAACUUUACACACAUACAGACGCAGCUGCACAAGAUUAGGGAUCCCAUGGACCUGGAGUAUAUAGCACGAACGUUGCUCAAAUAUCUCGAGCAACUGGACGCACAUCAGCAGGAGAUAAGCUACUUGCUAAUGGACAUUGUCUCCCAGCUGCUCACGCUGCCGGUCAAGAUCUUCGAGGCCGCCCAGCUGGAGCAGGGCACUAGCCACAAGCUGCUCCACAUUGUCGAGGCCGCCGCCCUGCGACUGGCCACCAGCAGCACCAUGGCCGCCGGCGAUGGCGAGACGAGCGAUUGGCGGCGCCAGAUGCUGCAGCGCAACAUCUUCGUGGAGUUCUUCAAUAUCAGCCUGGAGCAAUUUCUGAGCAUGUCCUGCGUGUGGCUCGACGGCAGCCAGCGUGGGCUGCAGUGCAACAGCGCCAACGAUACGAUACCCAUGUACGAGCACGGCGACAUCGAUGCAGCCAUACAGGUGCCCUACCAGGUGCUCAGCGAUCAGCUGACAUCGGCCAACAGCUCCAGCAGCCAGCAGCGAAAUUUGCGGCUUAUGAUUACGCUGCAUCGCAACGCCAAGCUGCUGCCCAACCUGAUGAGCAAGCAGAAUGAAACGCUGUCUUCCGUGGUUAUCGGAGCGCGUCUCUACAGCGAGGGCGAGCCCAUCGAUAAUCCACUGCCAGCCGUCGAGGAGGAGCUGAAUCUGGAGCAGGACGACGUCUAUCAGCAGCGCAUAACCAUAAUGCUGCGCGCCCAUCCGUAUCAUGACGAGCGCAGUGCCCCGCUGCCCGCCUGGUGGGAUGAGCAGCAACAGGAAUGGAAUACCCGCGUCUGCCAGCAGCACUAUCAGCAUCGCACUCUGCUCAUGUUCAGCUGCAGCAGUCGCAGCGGCUACUUCGGACUGCUGCAGCGGGCCGCCUAUUUGAACGACUAUCGCAGCGAGCAGGCGGGCGCCCGCUUCCGGCACGCCCCACUGCCCAUCUAUGUGGGCUGCGGUCUGUUGUUCGGCUGCGCCUGGUUCAACAUCGUCACAUUCGUGGUCUUCGGCUGUGCCAUACGCAUCAAUCGGGUGCAGCGUCACGCCCUGGUCAACACCUGGCUGGCCCUGUCCACACUCUGCCUGACCUUCAUGCUGGGCAUCUAUCAGACAACGAAUUUGCUGCACUGCCGCCUGUUUGGACUGCUGCUGCACUACCUCAGCCUCUGUGUGCUGCUCUGGCUGUGCGUCAGCCUGAGCAGCAUGUACAAGCGGCUGAGCAAAUCAACGACCGCCACAUCGCUGCCACUGAACGGACAGCAGUCGCUGCCCAUGCAACUGCCGCAGGAGCCGCACCAGCGCAAGCCCAUACUGGGCAUCUAUCUGGUUGGCUGGGGCAUUGCGCUGCUCAUCUGUGGCAUCAGCAGCGCCGUCAACAUGUCGGAGUAUGCCGCCUACAGCUUCUGCUUCCUGCACAACUCGACGACGCUGAAUGCGCUGGUGGUGCCCGCCGGCAUUCUGCUGAUCUUCAGUGGCUUCCUGGCGCUCUGCAUUUACUAUCAGCUCAGCCAGCAGGCGGUGAAUGUGCUGCAGCAGCAACAGCAUCUCGGCCAGCGUCAAUACUCGGACAAUAAUACCCAGGCAACGGAGCACAUUGAUCUGGAUUGGCUGGACUCCAAUGGCUGUGCGACCGUCAAGCAGGAGGCGAGCAGCUCGGCCCUGCAGCUGCAGGAGCAGUAUAGCACACUGAGCAAUCCGUUGAGCAGCAUCGUGGAUGACUACGAGCGCUCCAAUAUGUCACAUCUGCGUGGACACCUGAUCUUCCUGGUGCUCUACGUUUGCGCCUGGCUAUCGGCCGCCUUCUAUGUGCACAGCGAGGAGGAGCUCUACGUGCUGAGCUUUGUCGCCAGCUGUGUGGCCUUGGCUCUGUUUGUGCUGCUCUUCUACAAUCUGACCCGGAACGAUGCACGCCAGGCCUGGGCACAGCAUCGCCUGGCCAGAUCCAGUCGCCUGGUGGCCUACAAUAAUGCCCGGAAUGGCAGCAGUCAAGCGCGAGCUGCAGCGGCCGCUGGCACAUCGAACGCCAAGGCUGGCCAGGGCGCUGCCAUGAUAAGCAACUCAAUUGUCGCCUACAAAGCGGGUCCGGGCAGCCUCUACGAGCCGAACAACUCGGCCGGCUCGCGCUCGAAUAGCCAGUGCUCCAACAAGCAACGCAGCAGCAGUGCCCGGAGCAUGCGCAGCCAGAAUCGCAGCAAUGGCCAUUUGGACUGCACCACACAGCAGCUGUUGGCUGGCGGAGUUGGCGGCGGCGGUGGCGGCGGCGCUGGUGGAGGCGUAGGCGGCAUGGGAGGCAACUCGGCCACGUCCAUAACCAUCAUCAACAACAAUCAUGGCCAGCAGACGCUGAGCGGAGCCUCCGCUGUCUCCCAGCAGACGGGACAACAUCAUCUACUCCAUGUGGGCAACGGGCAGGAGUGCAUACCCAGCGCCGAAAUCUUCUACAAUCCGAAUCAGAUCAAUGUGGCGCGCAAGUUCUUCAAGAAACAGAAGCGUCUGGCCAAGCGCAACAAUUUCGAGCUGCAGCGCCAGGCGCUGCCCCAACAGCUGCACAGCCAGCACAGCUUGAGCGACGCCAGCUCCGAGCAGUUGUAUGCACGGCAUCACAAUGCGAUGACCCUACUCGCUGGCGGCAGCAAGGUGAACAACACGAAUCUGCACUACAAGUCGCCGGUGGAGCAGCAGCAGCACAAGCGAUUUGUGCCCGCCUCCAAGAUAUUGCAGGCGAACAUCUACACGAAUAUACCGGAGACACUGACGCCGCAGCAUGAGGUGAUCAAGCUGCGCACUCCAUCCUUGCUGGACGAGACGCUGCACGAGCACGACGACGAGCUGUUGACCACGCACGAGGAUGACGACGGCAGCUCCUUGGAUGAGCAUGCGCCGCUGUAUGCCAACACAAUGCCCGGCACACCGCAGAGCGAUCUUAACGCGCAGGUCUUUCGGGAGCGAGCAGCGCCGCUGAGCUCCACGCCCGUGAAGCGACCCAGCCUGGAGGCCAUGAAUAGCUUGGGUCUGCCGGAGGCGGCGAGCAGCGAGGCGGCCGCUGCCGAGGAGCCGCUGCUGCAGAAGCACGAGAUCUAUGUGUCCAACUCGCUGCAGGUGACCAAUAGCAUACGCCUGGAGGAUGACUUUCCCAGCGUGCUCAUCCGCUACAGCCAGCAGCAGCAGUCCAAGUCCUUGAACAAUAUACACGACAUGCUCGUCGCGGGCGCUGCCACCAAGGAGGCCGCUGGCAGUGCGGCAACAGCUGCUCUGGAGGGCAACAAUCUGGGCUCCCUGGCUGGCAGCAGCGGCAAUUCGCUGGUCACCCAGAUGAUGUACUCCUGCUCCAGCAGCAAUCUGCCCCAGUUGCAAGCCACGCACAAUGCACGCAGCCGGCCCUGCGCUGGCGUCGGCGGUGUGGAUCACUUUAAUCUUCCGAGCAGCACGCGGCUGCUCUCCGCCAGCCCGACCAAUGAGAGCGAUCUGAACUACCAGAACUCUGAGAUCAGCAUACGCAGCCACGGACUGUAUGCGCCGCAGACGGACAACGAUUUGAAUUUGACAUUAACGGACGAUUUCCGUUGCUACCAGUCCUCGAAUGCCAGCGACGCGGAUGUGGAUGUGCUCAAUGAGUUCGACGAUGAGUUUGUGGCCAAUGGUGAUGCCGUCUAUGCACUGCAUCAGAACCAGCUGCACGUGGGCAAUAGCGGAGCUGGUGGCCGCGAGGCCACAGCGGAAGCCACCGAGGAGGAUGAGAUUGUUGGUGGUGGUGGCGCUGGUGCUGGUGGCGUCGACGAUGAUGAGGAUGACGAGGUGGCCAUGAAUAACUCCAUUGACGAGCUAUACGAGGCCAUCAAGUGCCGCAGUCCGCUCAGGGCCUGCAAGCAGCUGCUGCAGGAGGCGCACAGCUCGCCAACAGCGGCCGAGAGAUUGCGUAAGACUGAGACACAGCUGCAGCAUCCGUCCUCCAGCACUUCCAAUUCCAAUUCGAAUCCCAAUCCCAACUCGAGCAGCAAUCAAGAUCAUCUCAAUGAAACUGUGGAAGACGAUAGCAGCCAAAGCAGCGUCAUUUCCUAUAUCGAUCCUAGAGCAAACAAUCCUAGUUAGCUUAUACACUAGCCUAUAUAGACUAUAUAGACUACACAGAUAUUUCUGCAUCUAUAACUAGAUGUAGGCAUAGUUAUAGAGACGAUACGACAAACCCUCCGUGCUUGGCUGCUAGGCCAAUGCCAAAGUAUUCCUCUCCUCAAUAGAGCCUAAGCAUUUUUUUAACUAUAUAUAUUUACUGUAUAUUGCAUUUGUACUUUUAUAUGCUUCAUAUAUACCAUAUAUAUAUAUAUACAUAUAAGUAGACAUAUAUAUACUUGGCUAGCGUAACUCAUUUGGCAUUACAUACUUCACACAACUCACUUGACUCCUACAACAUCUAUUUAUUAUGUCUAUAUAUAGGCCCUAAGAAAUCGCUUACAACAA